UAUGAUGAAACAGGCAAUGCCCAGGACAAGAAACAAUGUGAUGUUUUGGUUCGUUUCUGGAAUGAUCAAAAGGGAGAGAUAAGUACUGUGUUUAUUAAAAGUCUGAUGUUUGGCCAUGCUAGAGGUGACACGGUAAGCGAUGCCAUACCAGAAACACUCGGUGAGACAGACUAUGAAUUACCAAUACAGCAGCUGAUAGCUUUAGGAAGUGUUGGUCCAAAUGUGAAGACUAUUUGGAAAAACAUUAAUGAUCACAAGAAAGCAUUAGGCUUUGCUGGACUUACUCCCUUUGUACCAUGCACUUUACAUGUUGUACACAACUCAUUUAGAAAGGGUCUCAACGCAUAUGGUGAAGAUGCUGAACAGCUAUCAGUCGAUCUCUUUCAGUGGUUCAAAUCUCACAUCAGCCAAAGAGAGGAUUAUGCAUUCACAUUAGAGGAACUAGGGCUGGAUGAAGAGUUA